AUAAAAAUAUUUGGAAAGAAAAGGAUUUUAUCAGAAAUUUGGGCACCAAAAAAAAUAAAACCAAUUUACAAAGAAAUCAAAACACUAUAAAAUACAAAGGAACUUUCCACAUUUGUUUGUAAAAUAUGUUACUUUAGUUGUAUUUAAAGGUUGGCAUUUUGUUGUAAAACCUUUGGCAGCAACAACAGCAGCUCAACAUAUUGACAUUAAAGCUCACCCAAUUUUCGCAUCUUUUCCUUGGGAUAUUGAUCCACGAACCAUGCAGGAUACUCCAAAGAUCUAUAUUGUUCUUUGGUUCCGCAUUAAAAACAUAUUUUUUAACUUAACCCAAAAUAUUAGCAAUGGAGUUCAUGUCUAAAGACUGAACAGGCCAAUCCAUUGCACUAAGUGAAUUGUGCUCGAACUACUUUCGCGCUUUCUUUCUAGUUUUUUGGGUCAUUUUCCUGCUGGAAGACACAAAACAACUCUAUUUCGUAUUCUGCAUAAAGCAGAAUCACUGUUUCUUUGAUAUUGACAUAGACAUGUUGCCUAGUACGAAAAUCAUGCCCAUACGAUUUUGGUUGCUUUUCUAUGUCUAAUAAAUUUACAUGUGAGUCAGGGGGUUGUAUUCUGCAUUCGGUAGUCGUUUCACACAAGAACAAGACCCUUUUACACCAAAAAAUAAAUUUUGGCUUUAGUCGGACCACAGGGUGUUUCUCCAUUUUUCUUUGUCCCAACUUUACUGCUAUUUUGCAUACCAAACUUUUUUUUGCCCUAUGCCUUCCCGUGAAAAGUAGAAUUUUCCUUGGACUACGAGUACCCAUUUUACGUUCUUGUAAACAAGAUCUAACUUUUCUGGUACUUGACGAUUUUUAAGAUCCUUGCUUUAGCUCUGUGGCCGACUUAAAUGUGUCCUCCUUGCUCUCACGAACCAGUAGUUUUACCAGAAAUGGGGAUAUCGCGUCCUUUCAUCCAUGUGUUUCUUAUUGAAAACAUAUUUUAAAGCAUUGCUAAUCAUUUUUGUUUUAACAACAGACAAUUAGCCACACCUUAGCAUAGGUCCUGCCUUCUGAAAUGAAAGUUUUGAUCCUUUGGCUUUUUUCUUCACUUUAGUGCUUUCCAAGACCCAUAAUUACUUAAAUUUUGUAACUUUCUUGUCACAAUCACCUAAAGCCACAGAUUUUUAAUUCAAUCAAGAACUUAAAAUAUAAAGAAGCUCAGAAAAAAAAGCCAUUACAUAAAACAGUUACUGGUGCUAUUUUUGUUGGAGCUCCAUUUCGCUCCGCUUUUGCAAAAUUGCCUAAAGUUAUAAGAACCGUUAGAAUUGAGAGAGUAAGCACACUUCUCUCAGAGAGGAGACAUAUAAAGCUACAUUAUAUUACAGUAAAGUCCAGCAAAUGUUGGACAGUGGUCUUGUUUUGAAGGAAUAUAGACAGUCGUCCCUACUGGUGCUGUAAAUGCCAACCACCCAUACAUAUGUACAUAUAUGCUACAAAACAUUUCAUGUAUGAAAUUAUACACAUAUCUAUUCGAUUCGGUAAUAGAUUAGCAUAUUAGCAUAUACCUAAUAAUAAUAAUAGUUGAACAUAUGUACAUGUACGAUGAGCUGAGCUGCACUUUUUCAUAGUAGGCUACGGAUUGAGCAGUGACUGGGUUGAAGUCGAACCAAAGAGCGGAAGUGUCAAGAAACGAAAUAGACGCACAAAUUUACCAAGCUAAAAAUUGUUCAUUGACAGUAUUUCGUAAUGUCUGAUCUUGGAAGUGGAGAUGAAGGCAUCUCAGGAGGAUCAAAAUAUAAUGUCGCUAACAUGGAGGGUUCCUCAAGCAGAAACGAUUUCGAUUCCUCUGGCAAAGGUGGCGGUACAGUGGAACAGGAACUGGCUACAAAAAUGCUUCAAAUACAAUCCAAGCGAUUCUAUCUAGAUGUAAAACAAAAUCGGCGCGGGCGUUUUAUUAAAGUAGCCGAGAUUGGCGCUGAUGGCAGACGAAGUCAAAUAUACUUGGCCCUUUCAACUGCUGCCGAAUUUCGCGACCACUUAUCAUCCUUUAGUGAUUACUAUGCAUCACUAGCUGGUCAAAACACAGGCCCUCCGAACACAGACAAUUUGCCGGAGGAUGGUAAAUUGAAGUCCGAAAUGAUGAUCAAAGAUUAUAGAAGAUAUUAUUUGGAUCUAAAGGAGAAUGCCCGUGGCCGUUUCCUUCGGGUAUCACAAACCAUAACAAGGGGUGGGCCUCGAUCGCAAAUCGCACUACCAGCCCAAGGAAUGAUCGAGUUUCGAGAUGCGCUCACAGACUUACUGGAAGAGUUUGGGGCUAAUGAUGGAGGGUUUAAAGGGGACUUGCCCGAAGAGCGUCAUAUGAAGGUUGAUAAUAAAAACUUUUAUUUUGAUAUUGGGCAAAAUAAUCGUGGAGUUUAUAUGCGGAUAAGUGAAGUGAAAAACAAUUUUCGGACCUCAAUAACUAUCCCGGAGAAAUGCUGGAUACGCUUUCGUGAUAUUUUUAAUGAUUACUGCGACAAAAUGAAGAAAACGUCCGACCCAAUCACUGCCGACAUUAAUCUACCGACAUCAACAAAUAGUCUUAAAUAAAGGGUAUUGAUAAAAGCCGAUUUAAGCAAUUAUAAAAGAUGCAUGCAUCAUUCUUGGCUCCUAACAAACGCGAGAGCUUAUUAAAAGUGACGGAAAAAUAAAAAAGCUUGCAAUGUUCGAAAGAACUAAACCUUAAAAUAUGUGAAUUUUUCAGCUUGAAAAAAAACAACAAAAUAUAUACAAACACACACACAGUAGCAUUUAGCGAAUGAUGUAUUAGUAUUUUUUAGUUUAUGUAUUAUAAUAUAGUUUAACUAAAUCGACUAGCGUUAAAGGAUAGACAACUUGAGCGUAACCAACAAGCAACUCAAACACAAUCGAAUGAAUUAACUUGUAUGUAAGUGUACUCAGUCAGAUUCACAUACCUCAGCCAAGCCACUCGCAACGUCUCUUACGAUGGCUAAUACAAUUGUUAUUGAUUAACAUAAAUUAAUGACGCCGCUUGAAAGCAUCUGAAAAAUGUAAAAAAAAGAAUAAUUAUAUUUUUAACAAUGCCUCUUGAUUAAUUUAUAUGUCUAAAUUGAUGUACAUACGUCUUACCCUUGCUUCGGCCGAUAAUAGAAACAUGCCACGGAUACAUUUCGUGUGUCAUGGGAGAUGUAUGUAUUUAGCUAAUUGAUAGAUUAUGUCGCAAUAUUAAUCAGGUUAAUGCCAUUUUGAAACUUUCAUAGUAAAUACAUAUGUACGUUGCAAAUUGUUAAAGCUUCUAGAAAUAAUAUGUUAAAUAUUACAAAAUAUCUAUCUUAAAAUAACUCCUAAAAGCGUUUUUAAAACAAAAGUUUCAAUGUGAUCACGUAGAAUAAAAAUUAUUAGAUACGAAAAAAAAUGCAUAGCAAAUUAAAUUAUAAAAACAUAACUCGAUAGUGCAACACAGACACACACAUCCCACAUCCAAGUUGUUGGUCGCAGAGGGGUUUUAUUUUAGAGCAAAAUAAAUCGAGUCCUAUAAAUAUCUACGCGACAAAUUACCUAUUGGUUGGAGUUUUUCUAUUGACAUCAAUGUGUAUAAAUUAAUUAUUUAGUCUUUAAUGUGUUAUGUAUGACUUUUCAGCUUUUAAGUUCAAUGAGAAUGGCAUUGAAUUAUUAUAGUAAGAUUAUGAAAAUAGGCGCUACUUCAUUGCAUAAAAAGAACAAACCCCAAUUGUACAUGCAUACUGAUGUGUGCAAUUUGUUAUAUUAACACGACCAUUGGCAUGUUACGACGCGUAUGCGAUAGAGAGCCGGUGACGGAGUUGGGUCGGAGUCUGGCCAUAAACUCUAUACUCUUAUAUUUACCUGGUAAAUAUAAGCUAAAAUAGAUAUGACAAAGAUAAUUAUAUAUAUAUUUAAAACCCAGAAAGUUUAUCUUCGAUGUUGUUUGGCAAGAAUACAUAUUGUAUAUUUUAAGAGUUAUGUGAAAGUACUAUGGAAAUAAAGUUAAAACUCAAUAAUAUGGGAAUGAGAA